UUCUUCGGGACUUUUGUUGGCUGCAGUGCAGACGGGGCGAAGUUAUUGGUCGUCUAGGUGGCGAACUGAAGAAGUUUCCUUCUUAAACUUGACGUAGUUCAAACAAAACCACUAUGACUUCGACGAACAUGUUUCAAGGAUUGGAUAGUGGUGAAAAACCAAGUUCCAGGGUGCUGCAGCCUCCCGGUGGCGGCUCCAGUAACCUUUUUGGUGGCUAUGAAGAGGAUAGCACUCCAUUGAGACGGUCCAAUAAGAUGGCCUCUAAAGUUUUUGCUGCACCAGAGGAGCCCCAAAACGUAUCAAGACGCUCCAACCCUCCAGGUGGGAAGAGCAGCGGGAUAUUCGGGGAACCCGAAGCACCAUCUCAGCCACAGAGACCAGUACCUCCAGGUGGAGCCUCCAGCAACAUAUUUGGGUCUGCAGAAAGCACACCUGUUGUAAGCCCCAGCCGAAGCCACCCAAACAAGCCAAAGGAUAAUCUAAGUGUGGGACCUGAGCCUGAAUCACCAGCACCUGAAGCCAAAGUGAGCCAGCCAGCAGUGAAAGAGGAGGUCGCCCCCCCGGCGCCUGCUCCAGCUAAGGAAGAGCCUCCAGCCGUCUCGGCCAGUCCGGAUCCCAAACCUGCCGCAGCGGCUCCUGACGAGACGAUGCUGAAGAACCACGAGCCUCACCUGGGGCCCAAGCCUCGCUCUCACAACAGGGUCCUCAAUCCCCCCGGAGGAAAGUCCAGCGUGGUUUUCUACUGAUGAUCAUACACACCCACCACUUCUCCCAGUCUGUUCAUCGUCUGCUUCCCUGUUGAUUCUCUCUCAUUCCUGUUCUGCACCUCCAGCGGUUAAUUCAUCUGUACAGUACACAAGCUGCCUGUAGAUCUCUUUGUUGGUGCUGUUGUCCACAUCAGAUUUCUCAUUUCUAGUUGUCGUUCAACUUUUUUUUGCACUUUUCACUCUUUGUCUCAGUCCCGUCUUUUUGA